AUGGCAGAACUUGCCCAAACUCUCGCAAUAAGGCUCUGCUAUUCCCGACUCGGCCAAGAUAAAUCUGCUUUCGCGGUUCUAGAUUGGCGCAGCAGCUUUUCCCUGUGUUCUUUGCCCCUCUUGUUCGAUUCUCUUUCGGCAUUUGGCGAGCCGGCAAAUGAUGCGACCUUGUACAAGAUACAGUAUAAGAAUCGAAUCAGACCACAAGUGGGACUAUGGAUAAGAGUAGGACCGCUGAGAGAACUCGUGGUUCACGGUAAAGGCACGAAAUCCUACCCUGAAAGAACAAAUAGAACAAACACAUCAUUCAUUCAUGUAUUGGCAUGGGCUUGGUAA